CACGCAUGCGCAUAAAUCAGACAGACAAGCGCGCCACAUCCAACCAUAAAGAAACAAAGUUGCUUUGUGUUAUCGGUUUACGAUUUCAUCAACUUUAAGCUGCUGAAAAACAGAAAGGAGGAAAGAAAACAGAAUGUUGCGUCCACGAGCUGUGCUUGGUGAAAUCGGCGGUGGAAAUACGUUGUCAAUCCCAACGUGGCAGAAAGGUGGCGUGGAGAAAGCGACCAAAGUGGCUAAGAAAAGACCUGCUGAGAGGGAUGUCCCUCAGUCUGCAACUGAAAAGAAGCGAGUGAAUGAGCAGCCAGAACAAUCCAAAUAUUCAGUGCCUCCCUCUGAUGUAUCAACACAAACACUACUUUCUGAGUCGGAAAUCAAAGUCGAAGGGACAGACUGGAUGACUGGUGAUGUGGCUCAAUACUCCUGCAAGCUCACCUUGGACUCGCAUUCCGUAUACUCACACAUCCGUCUGUCUGAGGGGGAAACCAAGGCUGUGUUUGAGGAUCACGCACAGCCCCACCCUGACCACCCCGAGAGAUUCGACACGUGGCCACAGGUGCUGUGUAAGGAGGGCCUGAGCGACGGCCGCUUCUGCUGGGAGGUGAAAUGGGACCGGUAUGCCGCCAUUGGCGUCGCCUACAAAAGCAUCGCCAGGAAAGGAAAGGACCUCGACUGCGGCCUUGGCUUCACCAAAAAGUCCUGGAGCUUGCUGUGUGAAGAGAAGAAGUACUUUGCCUGGCAUAACAACUACCGAUCCCCCAUUACCGAGCAGCCUGGACCUCCAGGAGGAUCCGAGUGUGUCUGGACUACCGGGCCGGUGCCUUGACCUUCUUCAAGGUCGUCCAAGACACACUGAUACACCUGCACACGUUCCGUGCCACGUUCAGUGAGCCAGUCUACCCAAUGUUCAGAUUCUACUAUUUUGGCAAGUUUGGCUCAUCAGUGGCCCUCUUACCAAAUCAAACAGAAGUGCAAUAAACCAGCCAAGCCACUAGUAUCUAAAUUGAACUUUCUAGAUAUGCCAUGGGGUCUUGGAAAACAUGGUGAAAUCAAAAAUGCUCCGUUUCAUGCCUUUCUGGUGAAAUUUCACCAACUUCACCAAAGAUCCUGAUGCUGUCCUAGCAAUAUCCUGGAUACCAUCCUUUAGCUACAUUCUGGAAACCAUCCUCGUAAAAUCCUGACUGUUGCAAAGAUGGCAUCAGAACCAUAAGUUGGUGAAAUUAGUGUUGUUUUUUUCCCAUGAUCCCAUCACAUAUGGAAUAUGGAUGGAUAGUGCAUCCAUACGCAACAUGUAUUAAGACCCAGCGCAGACCAAGCUGAUGGUCAAAUGGUUGAUAACGUGGGGCUGGGACAACAUUAUGUCAAGGUGAAUACUCACAUGUGUCUAGAAUUAGUGGCAGAAUAAUUUAACAGGCCUUAAAAUGUUGCACUAUGCCUGAAUUCAGUUUCAAAAUAUGCAAUUAGACUACAGUAUAUAAUUUAUGUCAUCAUACAUAUCUGAUGGCUUCAGACACUGUUAAUUGCUUUAAGCCCUGUAUUCAUGUUAUGCUAAAUAUUAUGUUAUAUUAUGUUGCGAUGAAUACUCAGAUGUGUGUAUGGUAGUGAUCCAUGGCAGAAUAAGAUGAUCAAAAUCAUAGUGUGGUGAUGGCUGUACAAACCAAUCCUUCAGCUUCUAGACUAGGUGUGUGUAUUACGCACUCAAGGGAGGGGAGGGACCUACAAUAGUCACAAACAUUUGCAAGACCUCGUGAAAUUGGUCAUAUCUUUGACGAUAUAUGUUUGUAUAUCUUUUCUUUCUUUUUUUAAUUUUAUU